AUGUCGGGAAAAGUAUUACAUAUUAAUCAGCGAUACGACACACCGUCUCGUAUCCAUAUUAUCAUAUUGUAUUUAUUAAUCGCUAUUUUAACAACAACAUGGUGCAUCUAUUUUAUACACUUUUCUCGAUCUGUACAGAGUCAUAUUGAUAUAUUAAAUGACGAAACAAAACUAUUAAAACAACGUUUGACAUCUAUUGAUCAAUCACAAAUUAGUAUUAUGUCGUUUGACGGAUUAAGGAGACAAUCGAGACAAACAGCACCCAAAAUAGGAACACAUGUGGGCAAAGGAAACAGACCAUCAGAUCUACUGGUGGGAUCAAUACAUUUCAAAGUUCCACCAGUGGCUAUGACCACAUUUUGUACAAAGUCUAUUGAUCAUUGUAAAAAACUAGUGAUAGAUAAUGAAGCUUUUCGAGGACCCAAAGGAGAGAGAGGUGAAAUUGGACCCCGUGGCCCGCCGGGUCUGUCUGGUUUUUCAAUAAAGGGCGAGCCUGGAUUCCCCGGAUAUCCAGGUCCAAUUGGCCAUAAAGGAGAUCCAGGCGAAUCCAUUCGCGGUGAACCAGGAAUGCCAGGUCCUAUGGGCCCACAUGGUGAAAUAGGUCCUCGGGGUUAUACGGGUCCACCUGGUGUAUGUUCUUGUCCAUCAUUCGAGAAAUUAUAUUCUCCACUUGCCCCCGUUGAUGCACCAAAAUUUAAAAAUGGGAAACAGGCUGUGCUGAGUCGUGCUCAACGAUGUGUAUUUUCAUUUAUCGGUACGCCGGUAUUGUUAAAGCAGGACAGCUAUACAUUUGGGGCUUGGAUGAAAGAUCCCAUGCCAAAAACAUCGGAUGGUGCUCAAAAAGUCUAUGUCACGCGACACGUUACUGGUACAUCGUUGUACGAAUAUAGUACCGAGAUAAAUUUGAUUAAUGACAAGCCAACACGUAUUAUUCAGUUACCUUAUCCGUAUUCGGGUGUAAAUCAUGUUGUUUAUCAAGGCAGUUUUAUCUACAAUGCUGAAUAUAAAAAUAAAAUAGUUCGUAUUGAUCUUGUAUCGGAAACAGAGGCACAAAGCUUAUAUAAUACACCCCAAUCAAGUUGGUAUGAUUUUUCAGUUGAUGAAAACGGUCUAUGGCUAUUAUAUAGAGAACAAAUAACAAAAAAUUUUAUUGCAGCUAAAAUUAAUCCAGAUACACUUGAUACACAAAAAGCCUGGCAAUUGCCAUACAAUCCACAGAGUCUUAGUCAAGGUUUUAUUGCCUAUGGUGUCUUCUACGGUGUACAACAUUAUAAUAAACAAAAAUCUUAUAUCGAUACAGUAUACGAUAUUUAUAGUAAUCUAUCGUUUACAACAACAAAAAUUACUUUUGACGUGCCAUUUCAGUAUCUCGUACAAUUGACGUAUAAUCCGUAUGAAGGAAAACUCUAUGCAUGGGAUAAUAAACAUUUGCUUUAUUAUGUUUAUAACGUUCAAAAAGAUAAAACAUAUAAAUGUUAA